AUGUCAGUCGAUUCAUCUGCAGCACCACUAGGUAGACACCUCUCACAGGUUGAUACUUCUACUAAUCAGAAUAAGAAUUGUGUGCAGGGGCGGUUGUUUGUGAACAACAUUGCUAUGACUGGUCCAUUUGAAUUCCUGCCUGUCUGUCCUUCUUCCAGGAGCUAAGGUGGCAGAGGAGGCCGUAGCGGCAGCAGAGAACAGGAACCAAUGCCCCACAGGCUGGUUCCAACUUGGAUCGCACUGCUUCAAGUACAUCGAGAAUGCAAGGACAUGGCCCCUAGCAGAGGUAUCAUGGUUACUCUCUACUGUGAAUUAAAGGGAAAGUUUAAUCGAAAUCAGCUCGCUUAUUUGGUUCGAGGUUACCCUUAAAGGUGAUUUGCCCUUUUUUUUUUUGAGGCACUGCAUGCGUCAUGUAAAAUACUGAAUCUCCCCUUUAAGUUAGUUUUAUUGGAAUUUUCUUUAAGCGUGGAAUAUUUAUUGAUAUAUUUAUAUUAUGUAAGACCUACUGUAUAUUGGAACCCACAGGACAUUGGUUAAGACAGAGAUCAUCUAAUAUAUCUAAGAGCAUUUUUAAAGAGCAUUAAUUGCGAUGGACAAUAUUUGAUUGUGAGAGUCCAGAAGAUAAGUUAUCACAGACUGGACUACUGACUAAUACUUACAUUAUGAAAUGUCUUUGUCCCUGUCUACCUCUCACUGUAGCGCCACUAUGUGUCCCUUGGAGCAAACCUGGUGUCUGUGCACAGCUCUGCGGAGGAUCAGUUUCUACAGGUUGUGGUGGGGUGCAAGGCUGGCGGUUUCUCUCCUACCUGGAUUGGAGGAUUUUAUGCUGUUCAGGUGGAGUAUACUCACAGAUCAACAGUAUCUUUGGUAUACUCAUCAAUAUCUCAAGGGUCACUGGUAAAGUCAGAUCUAGGUUUGGAAGAUCUUAUAGAUGUGCUAAAAAAACAACAACAACACUGCAGUAUCCACUGGCACACUAUUAUAAUAAUAAUAAUAAUAAUAGUAAUAUGGGAUUGCUUUGAUACUGAGACCUCACUUCUUCACCACAGGACAGGCUAUGGUUUUGGAGUGACGGCUCCAAAUUUGAUUACCAGAACUGGAAGAAAGGAGAGCCCAAUAAUAGCGGUGGCAGAGAGCCAUGUAUGGUGAUGAACUGGGGAGGUACAGUAGGCCCACUAUCAUUCACUGAUACAUUCAUCAAAUUAAACUUUAUUCAUAGUACAUUUAACAAAUAA